AUGCUCUCCCGUACCGCUCUCCGUGCCGCCUCCUCCUCCAGCCGCGCAUUCAGCACCUCCGCGCGCGCCAGCUCCAAAGUCGCCGUGCUCGGCGCGGGCGGAGGCAUCGGCCAGCCGCUCUCGCUCCUGCUCAAGCUCGACCCGAACGUCACGGCGCUCUCGCUCUACGAUAUUCGUGGGGCGCCCGGUGUCGCGGCGGAUGUUUCGCACGUUGACACUAACAGCGUCGUCAAGGGAUACGCGGCGGACCAGCUCGAUGCGGCGCUUGAGGGCGCAAAGGUCAUCGUUAUCCCCGCUGGUGUUCCCCGCAAGCCUGGUAUGACGCGUGACGACCUCUUCAACACCAACGCGUCGAUCGUGCGCGACCUCGCCGCCGCCAUCGCCCGCGUCGCGCCCGAAGCCUGCGUAGCAGUAAUCUCCAACCCCGUCAACUCGACAGUCCCCAUCGUCGCCGAGACGUUCAAAAAAGCGGGCACCUACGACCCGAAGCGCGUCUUCGGCGUCACGACGCUCGACGUCGUCCGCGCCGCGCGCUUCCUCUCCGAAGUCUCCGGCAAGGAGACCAAGGACACGAUCGUCACCGUCGUCGGCGGCCACUCCGGCGCGACCAUCGUCCCGCUGCUGAGCCAGGCACAGCACGGCGCGGGCGUGAAGGGCGAGACGUACGAGAAGCUUGUGCAUCGCAUUCAGUUUGGCGGGGACGAGGUUGUUAAGGCGAAGGACGGCGCCGGGUCCGCAACGCUCAGUAUGGCGUAUGCGGGCGCGAAGUUCGCGAAUGCGCUCUUGCGCGGGUUGAGCGGCGAGAAGGGCGUCGUUACGCCUACGUUCGUCGAGAGCCCGUUGUUCAAGGACCAGGGCGUCGAGUACUUCUCGUCCAACGUUGAGCUUGGCCCCAACGGUGUGGAGAAGAUCCACGACCUCGGCCCGCUUAGCGCCGAGGAGGAGAAGCUCCUCGCUGCGUGCAUCCCCGACCUCAAGAAGAACAUCGAGAAGGGCGUCAAGUUCGUCUCCCAGGCUUAG